AUGGCUGAUUCUUCUUCUUCUUCUUCUCCGUCUAUUACCUCUCGGUUGAUCAAGUAUGAUGUCUUUCUUAGUUUUAGAGGAGAAGACACUCGUGGUAAUUUCAUAAGCCAUCUUCAUAAAGAAUUACUUGGAAAGAAAAUUGAAACGUACACGGAUGACAAACUAGAAAAAGGAGAUGAAAUUCCACUUGAACUCGCGAAAGCAAUCCAACAGUCUAAGAUUUCCAUAGUUAUUUUCUCAAGAAACUAUGCUUUUUCCUCAUGGUGUUUGGAUGAGCUCGUGCAUAUACUCGAAUGCAAGGAAAGAAAUGAGCAAUUCGUCAUACCGGUUUUUUAUUGCGUAAAUCCAUCGCAUGUACGAAAACAAGAGGGAAGUUAUGCAACUGCAUUUGCUCUACUUGAACAACGUUUCAAGCACAGAAUGGAUAAGGUGCGUCAAUGGAAAAAUGCUUUGACUGUAGCAGGCAAUCUAUGUGGAUGGGAUUCAAAGGUUGUUAGGCCUGAGUCUAAAUUAAUUGAGGCAAUUGUUGGAGAUGUAUUGAAGAAGUUGAAAUACACAUUCUCAAGUGAUCAUAUUGGUCCUAAGGGUCUAGUUGGAAUUGAUAAACGAGUUCAAAAAAUUGAGAAGUUGUUAAGUAUUUGCUCGCCAAGAGUUCGCAUUGUAGGAAUUUGGGGGAUGGGUGGUAUCGGUAAAUCGACUCUGGCUUCUGUUGUGUUCAAUCGGCUUUGUACUCAAUUCGAAAGUUGUUGUUUUCUUGCAAAUAUCAGGGAAGAGUCAGAGAAACAUGGAUUAAUUACAUUAAGAAAUAAGCUUCUCGGUGAAUUACUAAAGGAAGAAAACCCAGAGAUCGGAAACUCGCCAAUCGAACCAACCUUCGUUGGUGCGAGGCUUCGUCGUAAGAAAAUGCUCAUUGUUCUUGAUGAUGUGGAUAAACAAGAGCAGUUCGAAUGCUUAGCUAGAAGUGAUUGGUUUUGCUUUGGAAGUAAAAUCAUUGUAACAACAAGAAACGCACAACUGCUUAGAGCUGGAGCUGAUGAGAUAUAUGAAGUUGAGGAAUUAGAUUUUGAAGAGGCUCUUCAACUUUUUCACUUGAAUGCCUUUGGAAGAAGGACUUUUGGAGCAAAUAACUAUAUAAAGUUGUCGAAAAGGAUAGUAAAUUAUACUAGAGGCAAUCCGCUAGCUCUUAAGGUUUUGGGCUCCUACCUUCAUUCUCGGACCAUUGGAGAAUGGGAAUGUGCAUUGAAUAAACUAAAAGUAGUUCCUAAUAUGGACAUUCAUAAGGUGUUGAGAAUUAGUUAUGAUGGACUAGAUGAUGCCGAAAAGGACAUAUUUCUCGAUAUAGCAUGUUUUUUUAAGGGGCAUGAUAAAGAUUUUGUAGAGAGAAUAUUAGAUGGUUGUGACUUCUUUGCACGUAUAGGAAUCAGAGUUCUUAUUGAUAAGUCUCUCAUAACUAUUGAAGACCAUAACAAGCUAUGGAUGCAUGAUUUGAUACAAGAAAUGGGUUGGGAAAUUGUUCGUCAACAAUCUAUCAAAGAGCCUGGAAAACGCAGUCGGUUAUGGAUAGCUAAGGAUAUCUGUCAUGUCUUCAAAAAUAGUACUGGUUGUUACACAGUUGAAGGAAUAUCCCUAGACAAGUCCAAGAUUGAGAGAGACAUAACAUUGCAUCCUCUAGUCUUCCUUGAGAUGUAUAACUUAAGAUUGCUCCACAUUUAUAAUUCUACCAACUACAUGAAGAACUACAAAGUGUACCUUCCCCAAGGUCUCCAAUUUCUUCCCGAUUCGCUUAGAUAUCUUAAUUGGAGUGAAUACCCUUUAAGAUCUUUGCCAUCAAGUUUCACACCAGAGAACCUUGUUGCACUUGAUAUGUCUCAUAGCCAACUUGAACAACUUUGGGAUGGAAUCCAGAAUCUUUCAAACUUGAAACACAUAAAUCUCAGCUACUCUAAGCAUCUGACGCAAAUCCCGGAUCUUUCUCAAGCGCCAAAUCUCGAAAGCAUAAAUCUUUUAUUCUGUACAAGUUUGUUUGAGGUUGCUUCACAUAACACUCAAAAUCUUCACAAACUUACUAUUCUGAGACUAAGGUAUUGUGAAAACCUCUCAAGUCUUCCAGAUAAGAUUUAUACAAGAGCUCUCAGACUUCUCGAUCUCUUUGGUUGCUCCAAUCUCAAAACUCUUCCAGAAAUUUAUGGCAAUUUGGAAAGCCUACAACUAGGUGAAACAGCAAUAGAAGAACUGCCAAUAUCAAUUUUGUCUCUUAACAAUCUUUCUGAAUUGGAUCUUAAGGACUGUAAAUUCCUUAAGAAUCUUCCAAGUGGUAUGCUUAAGCUAACUUCUCUGACAGAUGUUAACCUAUAUGGCUGUUCAUCUCUUGAAAACUUCCCAGAAUUUCCAACGUGCGUAAAAAAGUUAAGUUUGUCACAUACGGCAAUAGAACAAGUGCCUUCAUCAAUCGGUUAUCUCCGUGAUCUUGAGCAGCUUCUUUUGAGCGGCUGCACAAGGCUUGCAAGUCUCCCAACAAGCAUCUCGAAGUUGAAGUCUCUUAAGCAUCUUGAUCUUUCUUAUUGCUCGAAAUUAAUAGACUUCCCAGACAUUUUAGAGCCUAUGGAACACCUACUGAUUCUUGAGUUACAAGGGACUGGGAUUAAAGAGCUACCAUCAUCCAUAAAGAACCUUAUUAAGCUUCAAAAUCUGCUAUUGAAUGGAUGCACAAAUCUUGUGUUUGUCCCACACAAUGUCGGUAACAUAAAUAGCCUCAAGCUCCUAAACCUUUCUAAUUGUUCAAAACUUGAAAAUUUGCCUUCCCUGUUAGUUGGUUUGAGUUCUUUGAAUGAGCUACAUAUGAACUGUUGCAAUUUACUAGAAAUCCCCGAUUGGUUGAUCGGUUUAUCCUCGUUGGCAUAUUUAGAUCUAAGUGGAACCAAUAUUGGGGGAAUACCUACAUGCAUCAAACAACUUUCAAUGUUGAAAUUCCUUUACAUCCAAAAUUGCAAGAACCUUCAAGUUUUGCCAGAGCUUCCAUUGUCUAUAUCGUUUGUUGAUGCACGCGGAUGCACGUCACUUGAAUCAACAACGGGUAACAUGACUAUACUCACACAAGGAUGUUGGGAUGACUAUCAUGUUACUCAGAAUUGGCAACUUUCUUUUUACGAGUGCACGAAAUUGGACCAAAAUGAACGAGACAACAUGGCGACCGAAUUUCAGUUUAGAGUUUUGUGCACAGCAACUGCAUACCUACUAAAGCUCGGAGAAGUUGAGGGACCUUAUGCUCAUCGCGCAAUUAGUAUAUCUUAUCCGGGAGAUGAAAUACCAAAGUGGUUCAACAAUCAGUGUGAGGGAUCUUCAAUAGAUGUCAAACUUCCUCCGAAUUGGAAUAAUGAUAACUUCAUGGGGUUUGCCUUAUGCGCUGUUGUUUCAUUUGAAAACAAUUAUUCCAACUGCUACUAUCCAAUUUUUUCUUCCGAAUUUAGUUUCAAAACCAGCCACAGUGAAAGCGAAGAAUUCGAGUGGAGCUUCUAUGAUAACCGAUGCCAUUUUCAGGAGGAGGAUCAGAUCAACAACACAGUACUCAGAUCAGAUCAUGUGUUCAUGUGCUAUGAGCUAAGCUACCAUGACGAGAACUACCGAGACUAUUUUGACGCGACGGAGGUUUCAUUUAACUUCUUCCUUAGAGAAUAUGAUGGUGAUUAUACAGUUGUCAACUCCUUCAAAGUGAAAAAGUGCGGGAUCCGCAUGCUUUACCUCCGAGAUGCAGAGGAAUUCGGCAUUUUUGACGGUCAUCCUUGGCUAGCAAAGUCAGAUGCUACUAGCGCCGAGUCGGAACAAUGUGAAACAGAAUUGGUUGCCUCUACUUACAAAAGAAGAAGACUGCACUACUGA